AUGGUUGAAAGGGUUGAAAAAUACUUGAGUAAGGGUAAGUCAAAGGAGACAUACAGUCUUUAUGGAAUGCCAAUAGUACUCCAGAUUUGGGCGUAUGAAAUUGUACCCAUUAUAGCCCAGAGGUAUGCCACCAAAUGUGGCGAAACACAACCCAGAAUACUCAAGUACUCAUGGAAUCAAACCCCUACUUCAGAUGACAUCGUGUCAGAUGUAUUUGAACUGAUAAAGAUUGAGGUUCAUGAUGCUCUAAUGCCAAUAGAGGUUGAGCUAGAGAAGGAUUAUGUUAGGGCGGUCAAGUUUGAUGCCAUAGAGCAGAAGUUGGCAGAGCAUGCUGCUCAACUUUUGGACAUGAAAAAGGAAAUUGCUGAAAGCAUUGCUGGUUUUUUGGAGACUACCAAUGCAAUUUACGAAGGUGUGGCAGUGUUAAAUGCAAAUUGGGAGAAAAAAGAGGAUAAGGAUGGAAAUCAGGAUGAGGAUGAAAAUGAUGAUCAGCCUGAUGAGGAUGAUAAGGAGAUUGAGGAUGAAAAGGAUGAUGAUGAAAAGGAUGAUGAGGGAAAGGAUGAUGAGGAUAAAAAAGAGGAUCAGGAGGGAAAGCAUGAUGCUAAUGAAAAGGAGGAUCAGGCAGGAAAGGAGGAUCGGGAUGGAAAGGAUUAUCAGAAGGGAAAGGGUGAUGAGGAGGAUAAUGAGGGAAAGACAGUUUCCCCUGUUAGACAUGACGAUGAUGUUGAGGAUGCGGAGGUAGUUGCUCGAUUGAUGGAUCUCACAGAACAAGUGUUUGAACAGCCAAUGACAGACAAAAGUUCAAUUGGAGUUGAAGAGAUUCCAAAAUCUUAA